AUCAAAAAUACAAUUGACAAUAGAAAUCCUCUAGACAAUGGAAAUCUAGGAAAUAACUGAAUGUUUCCGAUCGGAAUUCAUUCCGAAGAAAUCCAUAAUAGAUAACCAGCAGUGCAGUUGAAAAGAACAGACUGUAUAUUAAAGAUCCUUUGAUUUUGAAAUAAUACAAUUCGACAAGUUGGAAAUAUAUUAAUUUUCAAGUAAUACAUUAUAGUAACAUUUUAGUACAUCAGAGAUACUUUUUUAUUUUUCAGUCAUAUGAAAUAAUGUAUAGAAAUUAAUGCAAUUUUUAUUAUAACUAUACUCAUUGUAAUAGCAACAAAUUGAUUUAUUAAGAUUUAAUAUUUGUUCUAAAUCUGAAACUGACAGCAUGAAUAAAAUAAUUAUAAUAAAUAUAUAAAGUUUAUGUUAAACUUUACACAAUGUAUAAAUCGCAAUUUGUUGGCCUGGAUGACAAGCCAUGUGAAACAAAAUGCUUGUUGUGUGAUUGCACCUUUGUUCUUCCAACAAAUGAAACUGAUUUUUUGAGACAUCUGUAUAUGAUGCAUCGCCUUGUUAUAGGAGAUGUUUGGAAAAUAGCUAGUUUAAAAAGUUAUAUACACUACUGGAGUAUAAAAUUUAAGGAAGCACCGUUAACAACUUAUUGUACCACACUGUUAAUGGAUUGUACACCAGAUGGCAAACCAAGCAAGAAUGAGCAUUACUUCUUGCUUUCUGAUUGCCUGUUAGAAGACAAAACUUUGAGAUGUGAAAUACAACAGGCUAAACUGGAAUUGGCUUUAAUGCAACAAGAAGUUGAACGUGAGGAUACAAGUUUCAAGCGUGGUUGCAUGUUUUGUCGUAUGGAAUUUUGUGGAUUACGCGCUGUUUACAUAAAACAUCUUUAUCAGAAGCAUAAUCUUUAUUUUGGCAAACCAGAAAAUUUAGUAUUUAUUGAUGAGCUUCUGGAUAAAAUACAGAAUAGUAUUGAAAGCUUAAUAUGUAUUUACUGUGAAAAGACAUAUACAGAUCGUACAGUAUUGAAAGAACAUAUGCGAAAAAAAUUUCACAAGCGUAUAAAUCCUAAUAAUAAACCAUACGAUAAAUUUUAUAUAAUCAAUUACUUGGAACCAGAGAGAACAUGGAAACAAAAACGGGAUAAGCAGCAAUCGGAAAAUAGUCAAAAUAUGGAAGGUGUAAAUAGUGAAAAUGAGGAUGAAGAAGGUUCAUGGUCCGAUUGGAAUGAUGAAUCUGUUGGCAUAAAAUGUUUAUUUUGUGAUAAUAGCAAUAAAGAAUUAUCAUGUAUUUUGGAGCACAUGAAGAGAGAGCAUAGCUUCGAUUUUAAAGAGGCAGUCAAAAACUUGACUUUUUAUGAAAAAGUAAAAGUAGUUAAUUAUAUAAAAAAACAAAUUCAACUACAACGAUGUAUUUUUUGCGAAACAAACACAGACGAUGUCUUUGAACAUAUGAAAAGUAAACAACACUACAAAAUCCCUGAACAAAAAGUCUGGGAUCAACCUCAAUAUUAUUUUCCUAUGUCUGAAACUGAUUCAUUUUUAUACCAUCUCGACGCAAUCAGUGACAGUGACGAAGAGAGCGAUAUUGAGAAUCUCAAUGAAAUAACUGACAGUGACAAAGAGAUGGAUAUUGAGAAUCUCAAUGAAAAAACAUCCAAUCUGUUUCUCGCCUGAACAAUUCUAAUUACAAUUCUAUCAGUUAAUUAUAAUUUUAUGCUAAAUUAACUGCAAGUGUCAAAAUCUUGUUAUAUAUUCACUUUGUUGACAUUUAUUAAAUUUCAACAAAUUUCAAUAAAUCAUAUUCAUGUUAAUUUCA